CUGAUGAUGAUGACGACGAUGAAGAUUUGGAGGUGAUCCAGCCUAAUGAGCAGUGGCAGACAGUCCGACCAGGCCAGGCCGUCCCGGCAGGUUCUCACGUGAGACUAAAUCUGCAGACGGGGGAGAGGGAGGUGAGGCUGGGAGAGGAGCAGCUCAAAUACUGGACUCAGGAGCACAGGGAGAACAGCAAGUCCUCCUUGGACCCCGAUGAGCUGAAGAGAGCCAUGAAGAAGAUCAAGGAGGAUCUGAAGGAGGCCAGCAGAGACUCAGAGACUCAGGACUCUGUGAAGUCCAGGUUCCGUCCUCUGGAGGAGCUGAAGAGGGACAUGGCUCAGCUGGACCUUCAGGUGGAGACGGAUGUUCAGAUCAUGAGGCGCCUCCUGGACCAGUUCAACAGCACCGACUUAAGCACCGAGCAGAGACUGGGUAUCCUGCAGGAGCUGGAGUACCUGGUCCAUCAGGUGGAUAACGCUCAGACGCUGUGCUCCAUGGGAGGGCUGAGCUUCAUCCUCCAAGCUCUCAACAGUUCUGAUGUCCAGCUGCAGGAGAACUCUGCCUUGGUUCUUGGUUCUGCUGUGGCCAGUAACCCGGUGGUCCAGGUCAAAGCUGUGGAGGAAGGAGCUCUGCAGACUCUUCUGACCACUCUGGCCACGGCUCAGCUCCACAGCGUUAAAAAGAAGGUCCUGUUCGCCGUGGCCUCUCUUCUACGCCACUUCCCCUUUGCACAGCAGCACUUCCUGUCACGUGGGGGGCUGCAGGUUUUAUCAGAGCUGUUCCAGAAGGACGGAGGAGGAGUCCUGCGCUCACGCAUCGUCACCAUGCUGCACGACCUGAUCAGUGAGAAGGAGCUGAUCUCUCAGCCGGGCCCGGUUCAGGACCCGUCUCAUGAGGAGCGGGUGCGUCAGUACUCUGAGGUGUCCUUGCAGGGCGAGCUGUUGGAGAAAGGCUGGUGCCGUCUGGUGCCCCAGCUGCUGCAGUCCAGUGAGCAUGACUUCAGAGAGAAGGCUCUGCAGACUCUGUUGGCCAUGAGUCCGGUGUGUUUGGACCAGUACCGCUCAGACAGGGCCCUGCUGGGCUUGCUGCAGUCCCUCAGAGUCCAGUACGCAGAAAUGGUCCAGUCUGAAACGGUUCUUGGUGAGGAGGACAGCUAUUUCUCAGAGAUUCUGGACCUCAUCGACUCUCUGCAGGUGAAACUGAAAUGAGCAGAGGAGCUGAAACCAAAACCAGACACCCGAGCAGCACCGUCAGAACCGGGUCAAGAAGAGCUGCUGAGAGAAGACACUUCCUGCUGGUUCGUGGGAGCAGCUGAGACUGGGUCAUGGACAGAUAGACGUCAGGUGGUGCUUGAGCACCUGCCCGUUUCCCUCCAGACCAUCAAGUGCCCCUGUCGAACCCAUUUUUUUUUUUGUUAUGCUCCAUCUGUCGCCCUUGGUUGCACUUCUUAUUAAGUGUACAACUAUAAUGGCAACAGUAUUGAUAUUAUGUAGCAUUUUCCUGCAUCAAAUAAAUCAUUUCUGAUUAGAUUUAACUUGUUCCUAUGACUGCUCAAAGGAAGGAACACAAUCCCACAAACUUCACAGACUAUUUUUUUAAGGAUUUUGCAUGGAACUUCCUUUGUGGCCCUAAUUAGCAUCUCUUACACAAACCCCCACCAGACUUCCUGACGCCUGAACGUUAAUAGAUAAGGAUUGCCACAGUCCUAAAACCCCCACAAGUUCUGUGCUUCCAGCCCCAUAAG